AUGGCCAGCAACAUCAUCGGCAACAGAAACAGCACUCCAGAGGCUUCGAAAACCUCACUUCGUCCUCCCAGUUCGCGGACAAUCGGUACUUCUGGCACACAUACGCAAACUGUUCGUUCCUCCGCCGACAUGUCGUUCGCUUCUCCCCUUUCAGCGCGUUCCAUCCGUCCGGCCUCGGAGGUCCUCUAUAACCAACAGUCUCAGCAUGGCAGCUUGGAUGAUUCUAGCAGGCUGGGUGAGCAAUGGAUUCAAGACAUCGAGCAAUACGAAACCAUGUUGGAAGAGAUGGCUGCCGCGACACUAGAUCAAGAUUUCAAGGACGAGUUGAGCGCCAUCGAACAGUGGUUCCGGGUUUUGAGUGAGGCUGAGCGAACUGCGGCCACCUACGCCCUCAUCCAACAGACCACACAAAUGCAGCAACGAUUCUUUGCGCAGGUCCUCAAUCAGAUGUCCAAGAGUCAUCCGAUCUCCGGCGUUCUGUCGCCCGCCAACUUUGGGGAGAAGGAUGCCAUGUCGAGCCGCUUGAACGAUGCAAUGUCGAAGCUGAAUGUCGAAGACCGUAGAACAUCGCUCGGCCGUCCUCCACUGUCUCCUGCCGGGAACAAACGGAAUUCAGGCUUGGACCAAUCGACCAUUCAUGCCAUGUUCCCGGAUGCUGUGGCGGCCAUACAACAACAAAAGGCCGAAUAUGCCCAGCAAACUGGCAACCCCCCUCCAUCCAACAGAAACAGCACUGUCAUUGGAGAUCGUAGCUCGCUCGUUGCGCCUACCAUAUCUGCUCCGAGGGAGUCCAAGACCGAUGCCAUGAGCUGGCGUCAAGGUGGGGAGAAUCAACAGCCUCCCAUUUCCAGACCCAAAUCAUCAUCCGGUCAGCAACAGCAGCACCAACAGCCCAUGGGACACUUCACUCAACCUCAAUCGUCUGGUGGUCUUCGAUCUCCCCGACCGCUCGGUGGACAGUCUAGCAACAUCCAGAGCACGACUCUGACUGCGCCAGAUCCCGUGGGCAGUGACAUGCCUCUCCUGUCGCCGUACAAUGUGGGAAAUCAGAGUUGGGCCUCGAUGAGUAACACUCCGAUGGUCCCCAACUUUAGUCAAGCUGCGACUCACAGUGAUAUGGUGGCCAAUGCUACUGCGAUGAAACUUGCGGCUCUCUCCACCGUGACCAAUCGCAUUGCUUUGGACGAUGCUAAGAAGUAUCGACGCGCCCGAUCCAAUGAACCACAACCUCACACGCAGCCAACAUUGACACCUGGUGUCACGGCAUCGGGUAUUCCUGGAAUCAACACAAUUAUGGUGAAUGAUCACGGCCAGAUUCUGAACGUGCAACAAGUGGCCGCCAUUCAAGCCCAGCAAAUUGCUGCUGCGCAAGGCCGACGUUCCCGGCCAAACUCACCAGGCAUUCCUCUACAGACCCCUCUAGGCCAGUCCAAUUUUGCAUCUCCUCAGCACAAUGGCUUCUUGGCUGCAUACGAGGGUGCCCCGAUCAUGAUGGGAGCGGGAAUGGCAGGACUCAUUCCUCAGAUAGGACCCUUGGGCAGCGAAGGCUAUCUGUCAGAUCAUUCGGAAAUUGCUCGUGGCCGUUCUCCUCGUGGCCGGCGUGGUAGCUCCAAGCCUCCGGAAGACCCGACCGACCCCAGCUUGCUCCAGGAUAUUCCGGCAUGGCUACGAUCUUUGAGAUUGCACAAAUACACGGACAAUCUGAAAGACUUGAAAUGGGACGAUUUGGUCCAGCUAGAUGAGAGGGGACUGGAGGCUCGUGGAGUGAAUGCUCUGGGUGCCCGAAACAAGAUGCUCAAGGUUUUCGAACAAGUCAGAGAAGCUCAAGCCGAGGGCAAGCUUUGA